AGAGGCUCCAGGAGACAUGCAUUUACCCAUAUCCGGGUUAGAGAGGAAGGGAGAAAAAGUUUCAUUUAAACCUGGACAAAAUCUGUAAACGUGAAAUCGGACCACUAAGGCUGUCGUUGUUAGUGGGCUUUGCCCAACUCCGACCAGAACAUAACGUUUUCUUUAUUUUUUUUUGCCAAUUUAAACUGAGCUCGGUUGCCUUCGUCCUUUCUUUCUUUUCAGAUUUUUUUUUCUUCAGUGAGCUAGCUAGCUAGCUAGCCUGCCCUGAUUCUUGCAUGAAAUGUUGACGUGAUCAUGGCCGCGCAAGUGGCACCAGCUCCAGCAACAACUAAGAACAAAAAUUCGAAUUUAUCAAGCAGUCUGAAUCAAGAUUUAAGCUCUGGGAAAUCCGGAGGAACUGUACAUGGAUCCGGAGCAAUGCUUGGGGCUGGAGAUGGGACUGGCGUUAACGCUAUGAAUAAUGUAGAUCGCCAUCACCAGAUGAACAUGGCUAACAUUGCUCGUGCUUCUGCUAGCACAAAUUCGGAUACGCGUGAAAAGGUAGAGGGAAGUAAGUCUACAUCUUUAUCCUCCUCAAAUGCGAGUAUGUCUUCGAGCAUGGAGACGGGUUUGAUAACGAAUCAUAAACUGAAAAAUGCUGGCGGCGGAGAUCCCCCUCCUUCGUCUCACCAUCAUCACACGGCGCCACAGCAGCAACAGCAACCAUUCAAUCAAUUUCAACAGCAUCACCAACGUCAAAUUCAAAAUAACAUCAACAACACACAACAAUCAGCACAAGGAGAGACUGGGAAUCGGCAACAUGGAGGGAAAGAGAAUAUUUUGGGGAACCAAUUCGAACGCCAUCAGCCAUUGCUAAAUAAAAGUGAAGAGGAGGAGGACCACCUUUGCAAAUCGGGGGACCGGAUGGGUAGCAGGUACGACCCCGCCAGCGUGGGACCAACGAACAACAACAACAUCAACAACCAGCCCCUUGGCGCAGGGGGAAACGGCACUGUUUCUGAGUUUAAUAAUUAUUACGGUAAUGCUAGAGGAGGGCCUUGCUUUGAUCAACAUGGCGGACAACAAAGCCCAGGAAUGGGAAUAAUGCAUUCUUCGGGACCCAACAAUAUGGAUCCAGUACAAAACUCGAAUGAAGGGUACCACAACAGUCAAUAUAACCUCUACCCGAACUACCGACCCGGGUACAGUGGCGCGGGAUACGGUAUGAUGAGUCCCUCGAGGCAGGGGAAUAGCACGUUGACGGGCCCAGGCAGCAGCAAUACUGCUACUAGCCAUGGUAAAGCUGCUAUGGCUGCUGCUUCAGCUUCUGGUAGUGGUAAUGUUGGGGGGUUCCAGAGAUUUCCUGGGCAAAAUCAGCAGCACCCUUCAGGGGCUACCCCAACUUUAAACCAGUUACUGACGUCUCCGAGUCCUAUGAUGCGAGGUUAUGGCACUGGCUACCAAGAUUACAAUAAUCCAUCAGCUCAACAACAACAACAAGCAAGCAUGGGACUAGUCAAAGAAAUGAGCUCCCAAUAUGGAUCUGCGGCUCAUGGCUGGGGAGGACAACAAAGAAGUCACCCGGCGAUGAGUCCUGGAAACAAUGGACAAGGUAUCAACAGACCUCAGAUUGCCUCCAUGGACGCCAUGGCGAUGAAGCGCUCUCAGAUGUACGGGAUGAGUAACAGCCCCUACUCCCAGCAGCAACAGGGCGGGGCUUACCCUGGCCAACCAUACGGAUCACCCGCCACACAUCGUUAUCCAAUGGGCAUGCAGGGGAGGGGUCAGGUCGGAAUGGGUGCAAUGCAGUACCCCCAACAGCAGAUGCCUGCCCAGUACAGCCAGCAGGGUAUGGGUGCAUACAGCCAGCAGGGCCAGGCCCCAUACUUCAGCCAGUCCCAGCAGCAACCGGCCGCACCCAGCCAGCCCCCCUACAUGCAGCCUCGAGCCCCACCCCAGCAGGAGGUUCCUCAGGAGAGCUACGGGAACAGAAGCCAGCCUGCCAUGACCCCUGGGAAGCCAAACCACGAAGAGAUGGGCCUGGUCCAGCAAGAAAGACCAUCCAGCCUUCCUGACCUGUCGGGCUCCAUCGACGACCUGCCGACCGGGACGGAGGCGGGUCUGGGCUCGGCGGUCAGCGCCUCGGGCUCCACCAGCAGCCAGGGCGAGCAGAGCAACCCGGCGCAGUCGCCCUUCUCUCCGCACGCCUCGCCCCACCUCUCCGGCAUGCGCAGCGGGCCCUCGCCCUCCCCCGUGGGCUCCCCCGUGGGCUCUAACCACUCCCGAUCUGGCCCCAUCUCCCCCGCCAGCGUCCCAGGGACACACAUGGCCCCUCAGACCCCGGGGAACGUGUCCGAUGUGGGAUCGCACUCCACGCUGAGCCAGUCUCCCAUGUCUCAGGAGAGAGGGUUUGUACCCAGCAUGCAGCGGACCGCGGCCGCGCCCCAGCUCGGCCCCCAGCAGCCCGGCCCCUCCAUGUCGCCCCACCCCUCCCCGGGGGGGCCAAUGCACCACGCGGUCGGCCCCUACCCACAAGGAGGGUCCAGUGGCUCCACCUACGGUCCUCAGGGCGGUCCGUCCGGUCCCCAGGGUGUAACUACCCCCCGGCCGGCCAACUACGGAGGGGCCCCGGGCGCCAACUACAGCGGUCCAGGGUCGGGCAUGGGCAACAGCCUGGGCAUGAACGCCAGCAGCCCCAUGCACGGCCAGGGCCCCGGGCAGCCCAGCGGCCCCGUCCCGGCCGGGCGGGGCCCCGGAGCGGGCGCGGGGGGCCGCCCCUACUCGGGCAGCGGGAGCAGCAUGGCCCCCAGCUCUCCCAGCAUGCCCCAGCCGGCCGGCCCAGGAAUGGGGCCGCCUCCGGCCAACACCACCCGCAAGGCACAGGAGCCGGGGAUGGGAGCCAUGCAGGCUGCAGCCGGGUCCAUGCAGGGCAGGCCUCUGUAUGCAAGGUCCCCUGUCUACCCCAGCCAGGCUGGGUCAGGGACACGACCCCUACCUACCCCCCUCCCCCAAACUCAGCCUCAGCAAUUGAACUACAGCAACGCUCAGGCACCUCCCAUGAUGCACCAGCCUGAGCCGUACGGGCAGAGCGGUUACCCCAACAUGAACCAGAUGGGCGGGCUGGGGUCCAGCGCCCCCUACAGUCAGCCCACCGGGAACAGCUCUGGGAGGAUGACGCCCCAAGGCCCGCCCUACAAUGCCCCACCCUCAGGGCCCAUGGGGAUGGUCGCUGACCCAAAGCAGAAACCCGACAACAGCAAAGAGGAGGGGAGUCUUCCACCCACAGAGCCUCCGAAGGCCAAGGAUGGCUUCAGCUCUCAGUGUGUUUCCCAGCCCCCCACCCCCUGCCCCCUCUCCCCCAGCCCUGCUAGUCUCUCGUAUCACGGAGAUGAAAGCGAUAGCAUUAGCAGCCCCGCCUGGCCAAAGACUCCGUCCAGCCCUAAGCACAGCUCCUCCACCAUGACCAACGAGAAGAUCACCAGGCUGUACGACAUGGGCGGGGAGCCCGAGAGGAGAGUGUGGGUGGACCGCUACCUGUCCUUCAUGGAGGAGCGAGGCACGCCUGUCCCGAACCUGCCGGCCGUUGGGAAGAAGCCUCUGGACCUCUGCAGGCUCUAUAUGUGCGUCAAGGAGAUCGGCGGCCUGGCCAUGGUGAACAAGAACAAGAAGUGGAGGGAGCUGUCGACCCACCUGAACGUGGGGACGUCGAGCAGCUCGGCCAGCUCGCUGAAGAAACAGUACAUCCAGUACCUGUUCGCCUUCGAGUGCAAGGUGGAGCGCGGCGAAGAGCCCCCGCCCGAGGCCUUCGCCACGGGCGACGGCAAGAAGCAGCAGCAGCAGCAGCAGGCCAAGGUCCAGCCGCCAUCUCCUGCUAAUUCAGGCUCCCUCCAGGGCCCCCAAACCCCCCAGUCCACGGGCAGCAGCUCCAUGACAGAGAUGCCCAGUGACCUGAAGCCACCAACCCCGGCCUCCACCCCGCUCAGCCAGGGGACCCCAAUACCAGGCAGCAGGAGCAGCUCCAUCAGUGUACAGGACCCCUUCUCAGAGGUCAGUGACCCCGCCUUCCAGAAGCGCAGCUCCCUCACCCCUGGCACCCCCUACCAGCAGGGCGGGAACACACCGGAGGCCCUGAUGAGGAUGCAGUACGAGGCCAGCGCCAGGAAGGCAGGAGGAGGCGAGCCCUUCAUGCCGGGACACAUGCCCAGCGGAGGGAUGCAGGACGUGUAUGGCAGGGGCCCGCCCUCGGGCCCCAUGUCUGUCCUGGGGAUGGGACAGCGCCCGCAGUACCCCUACGGCCCCGGGUAUGACAGGAGACCAGACCACGUAAUGGGGCCAGAGGGAGGGAUGGCUCCCCCUGGCAGUCAGAACAACAUGGUACCGGCCAGCAGUGACCCAAGCAUGUACUCCCCUAACAGAUACCCCUCACAGCAGAGACACGAGGGCUACGGACAGCAGUACCCACACAGCAUGCCGUAUGGGGCCCACCAGCCUGGAAUGUUCCCCCAGCAACAGGGCUACAAGCGGCCCAUGGACGGGAUGUAUGGCCCGCCGGCCAAGCGGCACGAGGGCGAGGUGUACAACAUGCAGUACGGCGGGCAGCAGGCAGACAUGUACGGCCAGUACGCCGGCGGGUACCUGGGUCACGAGCGGCGGCCCAUGCAGGGCUCCUUCCCCUACGGCUACGGGCGCGAGCGCAUGCAGGCGGCCGGCCAGACCCCCCCUCAGCACGGCAUGUCCCCCCUGCAGCAGCCCCCCUCCUCGGGCCCCGGCGAGGGGCCCCAGCCCAACAUGUGGCCUGGCAGGACAGACAUGCCCUACCCCUACCCAAACCGGCAAGGCCAAGGGCCCCCCUACCCCCCCAUGGGGCCCCGGGGAGAUGAGAUGGAGGGCCGACCCAACCAGGACGGCCCCUGGCCCCGCCACCCGGGCCAGCGCCAGUCCCCCUUCCUGCCCUCCUCCUCCUCCUCUUCUUCCUCCAGCCCCAUGGCCCCCAUGACCAACCGGCCACCGCCUUCCUCCUACCAGACCCCCCCCGCCAUUCCCAACCACAACUCCCGCGCCUCUAGCCCGGCCUCUUUCCAGAGGUCCAUGGAGGCCCACAUGUCUCCCAACAAGGCCCACUUCAUGGCCUCCAUGAAGAUGGGCAAAGGCGGGAUGCCCAUGCCGGGGCCGCAGGUGGCCGCCCACCUCAUCCAGCCCCCGCCGUGCGGCCGUGAUGUCAGCUUCCCCCCCGGCUCCGUGGAGGCCACCCAGCCCCUUCUCAAGUCCCGUCGCAAGCUCACCUCUAAGGACACGGGAACACCGGAGGCCUGGCGGGUGAUGAUGUCACUGAAGUCCGGCCUGCUUGCAGAGAGCACCUGGGCCCUGGACACCAUCAACAUCCUGCUGUUUGACGACAGCACCGUCGGCUCCUUCACCCUCUCCCAGUUGCCUGGGUUCUUGGAGUUAAUUGUGGAAUACUUCAGGAGGUGCCUGAUUGAGAUUUUCGGGAUCCUCGAGGAGUACGAGGUGGGCACCAUUGGCCAGAAGACCCUUCUGGGUCCCGUCACCAGUCCCGAGGAGGAGGAGGAGCCAGCCAGCCCGGAAGAGGACUGUGAAUCGGAGCCGGAGCCGGUGACUGAGGAGGCCAAACCCGAGGCGGCACCGGAAGAUGUCCCUCCCAGAACCGAGGAGCCAGAGCCAGAGGCCAAGAAGGAAGAGCAUCCACUCGAGGCAUCCAUAAAGAAGGAGGAAGAGGGGGAUGAGGAGAAGGAGCAGCACCCAGAGGGUGAGGAGACCCCUGUGGACCAGCCUGCGAAGGCCCAGGAGCCUAGGCCCAAGCAGGCCAGCAAGUAUGACAGGCUGCCCCUGAAGGUGCAGGAGGAGGAGGAUGAGGAGGAAGGGGCGCACGACAACCCCAUGGACGACCUCUCGGACCGGCUGGGCCACGUGCAGGAGUUCACCAGCGGCUUGCUGCACUGGCAGGCCGGGGGAGGCGACUCCACCGCGCACAUCCAGACCCACUUCGAGAGGAGGAACCAGGCGGAGAGGGAGAGAGACGAGGAGGGCACCGCAGGAGAGCAGGCGGGUGCCGGCGCCAAGCAGGCACAGGAGGAGAAGGAAGCAGGGGCGGAGGCGAACCUCACGGCCACCAUGGACGACGUGCUGUGCGCCCGGCCGCCGUCCCUGUCAGAGGAGGACCGGCCCCCGACCGUGCUCGGGAGUGCCUUCCCCUACCACAGCGGCCUGACCCUGCUGGAGGACGAGCCCCGGUCCUGGGAUGAGGCCCCGCUCUCCACGGCGGCCGCCUGGCAGGACUCGCUGGCCAAGCGCUGCGUCUGCGUGUCCAACAUCGUGCGGAGCCUCUCCUUCAUCCCCGGCAACGACGCCGAAAUGUCCCGACACCCGGGCCUGGUCCUGGUCCUGGGCAAGCUGGUCCUGCUGCACCACGAGCACCCCGAGAGGAAGAGGGCGCCGCAGACCUACCAGAGGGAGGAGGACCGCGAGCGGGGCGUGGCCUGCAGCAAGGACGAGUGGUGGUGGGACUGCCUGUCCACGCUGCGGGAGAACACCAUGGUGACCCUGGCCAACAUGUCCGGCCAGCUGGACCUGUCCCUGUACCCCGAAAGCAUCUGCCUGCCCAUCCUGGACGGCCUCCUGCACUGGAUGGUGUGCCCCUCGGCUGAGUCCCGGGACCCGUUCCCGGGAGCCGGGUCCAACUCCACGCUGACCCCGCAGAGACUGGUGCUGGAGUGCCUGUGCAAGCUGAGCGUCCUGGACAACAACGUGGACCUCCUGCUGGCCACGCCACCCUUCCCCCGCCAGGAGCGGCUCUACUCCGCCCUGGUGCGCCACGUGGGCGACCGCCGCAACCAGGUGUGCCGGGAGAUGGCUGUGGCCGUGCUCUCCAACAUGGCGCUGGGAGACGGGCAGGCGGCUCGCGCCAUCACCCUGCAGAAGGGCAGCAUCGGCAACCUGAUCAGCUUCCUGGAAGACAGCGUGGCCAUGUCGGUGGCACAGUACCAGCAAGGCCAGCACGGCCUGCUCCACCCCGCCCACGGGGAGCCUCCGAGCAUCAACAUGAUGUGCCGCGCCGCCAAGGCGCUGCUGGCCAUGGCGCGGGUGGAGGAGAACAGGCCCGAGUUCGUGCUCUACGAGGGCCGGCUGCUGGACAUCGCCAUCUCCUCCGUGUUGAACUCCACAGUGGCGGCCAUCUUGUGCGAGGUACUCUUUAAGCUGGGCCGGUCGUGACAGGCACUGGAGAGGACCGAGAGCUGGCGCGCGGGGGGGAGUCGGGACAGAGUGAAAAGCGCAAGAGGCACGCAUUAUUAGUGGUAUUAUAUUUUUAUUUAAAUAAAAAAAGAAGAAAAAACAUGCAAUUUUUUUUAAAUAAAUGAAUAUAUAUAUGUAUAAAUACAGAUAUAGCUCCUCUGCCCCAUUCAGAAUUUCAUUUUGGAAUUUUUUAAAAAUCAUUUUAAUACAAAUAUUUAAUACUUGCCAUUUUAUGUUUUUAAGUAUUUUCGUCUUCUUUUUUUUCCCCAU